AUGUCGGAUCUAUAUCCAUCGCUCACACAGUGUGCAGUUGUUGCUACAGCUUUCAAGAUCUUGCUGUGGCCAGCAUACAAAUCGACAGAUUUCGAGGUACAUCGCAAUUGGUUGGCAAUCACCAACUCUCUCCCAGUGAAAGAUUGGUACUAUGAGAAAACAUCAGAAUGGACACUCGACUAUCCCCCUUUCUUUGCAGCAUUCGAAUGGUGCAUGUCCCAUGUUGCCCAAUUUUUUGAUACAGACAUGCUUCAAGUGAAGAACCUUGGGCACUCGAGUUGGCAAACAGUGUACUUCCAAAGAGCCACCGUAAUCUCGACUGAAUUGGUGCUUCUCUACGCUCUCCAGCUAUAUGUCCGUGGCGCACCCAUCACCGCUAAGAAAACUUCUCACGCGGCUGCGAUCUCUAUCCUUCUGUCUCCUGGUCUGCUCAUUAUCGAUCACAUCCACUUCCAGUACAAUGGCUUCAUGUACGGCAUUCUUAUCCUCUCGAUCGUCUUGGCACGUAGACAAUCAGGGCUCCUGGCCAGCGGCAUCACGUUCGCCGUUUUGCUUUGCUUCAAGCACAUCUACCUGUACUUGGCACCGGCAUACUUUGUCUUCCUGCUUCGUGUGUAUUGCCUCGACCCUAGAUCGUGGUUCAGAAUCCGUUUUGGCAAAUGUGUCAAGCUUGGACUUGGAAUCGGCAUCGUCUUUGGACUUGCUUUUGGACCAUUUGUGUACUGGAACCAGCUUGAUCAACUCUUGAGUCGCCUGUUCCCCUUCUCGCGAGGACUUUGUCAUGCUUACUGGGCUCCAAAUGUCUGGGCGUUGUACUCAUUCGCCGAUAGAAUCUUGAUCUACUUGGCACCAUACUUCAAUCUAUCUGUCAAUCGAGAGGCUAUUAACAGUGUUACGCGCGGACUGGUUGGAGAUACAUCGUUUGCUGUACUUCCUGAUAUUUCUCCCAGGAUGACGUUCGUGUUGACUCUGGCAGCACAAAUACCGGCACUUGUCAAACUUUUCUUCCGACCAACUUGGGAUACUUUCGUGGGAGCUUUGACACUCUGCGGAUACGCAUCCUUUUUGUUCGGCUGGCAUGUCCACGAGAAGGCGGUCCUGCUGGUAAUCAUCCCGUUCAGCCUGAUCGCGCUCAAAGAUCGCAGAUAUCUCGGAGCAUUCAGGCCUCUUGCAGUUUCCGGUCAUGUCUCUCUUUUCCCGCUGCUGUUCACGGCCCAGGAAUUCCCCAUCAAGACGAUCUACACCAUCUUUUGGCUGGUGGCACUUCUAAUGGCAUUUGAUCAGCUCGCUCCAGCCUCUUCACGGCCGAGAGUGUUCUUGCUCGACCGCUUCUCGUUUGUAUACAUUGCCGUGGCAAUCCCACUCAUCGCAUAUUGCUCGCUAUUCCACCAGCUGGCAUUUGGUGCAAAGUAUGAGUUCCUGCCGCUCAUGUUCACAAGCUCGUACUGUGCGAUGGGAGUGGUAUCAAGUUGGAUCAGUUUUUUGAUCGUGUACUUUACUUCAUAA